AUGGACGAAAAACGCGACUACUCCGACGAGCACAAUGAGGGACAAGAUGAGCACCUCCCAGGCGGUGGUGAGACUACUGAGAAGAUGGGAGUUGGAAAGUACCUUGCGACACGAUUCUCGACGUUGAAGCCGCCGAUGGAAAAGCUCGAAAACCCCAUCACGCUGCUUCGGAUGCUGAACUUCAAGCAAUGGAUGUUCUUCCUGUGCUCGUUCAUCGCUUGGACAUGGGAUGCAUUCGACUUCUUCACUGUCUCCUUGACUGUAUCGAAUCUGGCGGAGCAGUUCGACAAGUCGAAGAGAGAUAUUACCUGGGGUAUAACGCUUGUGCUCAUGUUCCGAUCUGUCGGUGCUGUCACUUUUGGUCUUGCAGCUGAUCGAUAUGGACGAAAGUGGCCGUUCGUUGUCAACAAUCUGCUUUUCAUCGCCCUUGAGCUCGGUACUGGCUUUUGCAACACCUACAGCCAGUUCUUGGCUGUCCGAGCGCUCUUUGGCAUUGCCAUGGGUGGGUUGUAUGGAAACGUCGCGGCCAUGGCCUUGGAAGACUGCCCAGAGAAAGCUAGAGGUAUCAUCUCUGGUAUGCUCCAGCAAGGUUAUGCGUUCGGCUAUCUUCUCGCCACUGUGUUCGCCCGUGCACUUGUCGACACCACACCACACGCUUGGCGACCACUCUUCUGGUUUGGCGGAUCGGUGCCAGUUUUAAUCAUUGCCUUCCGUCUUUGCUUGGGCGAGACCGAUGCAUACAACGAGAGAGUCCGAGUCCGCGAGAGUGCCGACAAUGUUGGCAAGACAUUCGUCAACGAGGGCAAAGUCGCUCUCAAGCGCCACUGGAUGCUGCUCAUUUACAUGGUACUGCUCAUGGCCGGUUUUAACUUCAUGUCCCAUGGCAGCCAGGAUCUUUACCCAACUAUGCUUGAGAAUCAAUACAGCUUUUCGGCCAACGCGGUUACCGUCACACAGGUCGUGGCCAACUUGGGUGCGAUUGCUGGAGGUACAACCAUCGGCUACUUGUCGCAAGCAUUCGGCCGUCGCUUCAGCAUCAUCUUCAUCUCCAUCGUCGGCGGAGCGAUACUGUACCCAUACUCCUUCGUGCCAAACGAGAGGAUCAUGGCUGCGGCAUUCUUCGAGCAAUUCUGUGUCCAGGGAGCCUGGGGUGUCAUCCCAAUUCAUCUCAUGGAACUGAGUCCUGGCAGUCUGCGCGCAUUCGUUGUCGGCACCUCAUAUCAACUGGGUAAUCUGGUCUCAUCAGCAAGUUCGACCAUCGAAGCCACGAUUGGCGAGCGCUUCCCACUGCCACCCAAGGUCGAGGAUGGCAAGUCGGUUGCACGCUACGAGUACGGCAAGGUUAUCUGCAUCUUCAUGGGCUGCGUUUACGCCUAUGUCAUCCUCCUCACAUUCUUAGGUCCGGAGACGAGAGGUCGAUCUAUGUCGGCGAGUAACGAUCGGGAUCUGGCGGAGGCAGCGGGCCAGGACGCGGUCGCACAUGCAAAACACGGAGACGUGUAUCGUAAGGGCUCCAAUAGUGACGACGAGAACAUGCGUACUGUAGCGUAG